GUGUCUAGCCACCUUCUACAAGGUCUUUUUUUUUUUUUUUUUUUUUUUUUUUACAAGGUCAUUGAGAGGAUGAUGUGCCGACUUCCAACGCGUCUAGCCACUGGGAGGAUCGAAUUGAACGAGGAGGAUAAAAACGAGGAGGAGGAGAAGGAGGAGGAAGAGGAGGAGGAGGAAGAGGAGGUGGAGGCGGGAAAAGAGGAAGAGGCGGAGGAGGAAGAGGCGGAGGAGGAAGAGGCGGAGGAAGAGGAGGAGGAGGAGAAGGAAGAGGAGGAAGAGGAGGAAGAGGAAAGGAGGAGGAGGGGGCGAGGAAGAGGAGGAGGCAGAAGAGGAGGACAUAGAACAGCCGCAGAAAACGAGGACGUGGAUUGGAUCGAUCGAAUCGGACGAGGAGAACAAUGACGAAGAGAGGGAGUAAAAGGACUGGAGCAGGAGAAGAGGAGGAGGAGGAGGAAGAGGAGGAAGAGGAUUCGAACACUUGACCUAUCUACCUCUGCACAAUCGCGCUUUACCAAUUCGACCACUCAGGACGUCUCCAAUCGGAUCCUGCUCUACCAAUUCUAAAAUUCAGAAUGAAAGUCUUUCCCAAAA